CUGAGUCCAGGACCCUCGACUUCUCGCUCAUCUGUAGCUUCCGGACUAUCACUUUGAACUCCGCUUCUUACCUGGCCCCAACUACAAGUGCCUCCUGCCCGGCCUCCGAGAACAGGGGUCUAGGUCAUGGGCGUUGGUCGCUCUAAGCCUAUAUCAUCCAGGUCAUCCCUUCCCCGCACACCCCGAAUCCAGGACCCUACACACCCGACCGCAACAGGGCAGCCAAGCUCUCGCGAGAACACGCUCAGAGACGCCCGCAGCUUCUUGCACGCUACCGCUGACGGAGAGGAAGUUCCGGGGAGCGCAGAGCGCAGGUGCGACACGCCAGCCUCGCGCCAGCGCGCCGUAAGUGCGCAGGCGCGCCGGCAGCUACCUUCUGCUUUCUCUCCAGACGUCAGGCCGUCGGGUCCUAUGUCGCGCCGGGCCCUCCGAAGGCUGAGGGGGGAACAGCGCGGCCAGGAGCCCCUCGGGCCCGACGCCUUGCAGUUUGUCCUCCAGGAUGACGAUGACGCAGAAGAAGAAGGACCAAAACGAGGACCGGGUAGCGGGCGCUCUGGAGGCACAGGGAAGGAGGGCGUCCAAGUCAACAACCGGUUCGAGCUGAUAAAUAUUGAGGAUUUGGAGGAUGACUCUGUGGCAAGUGUGGAGAAGUCUGACUGUACACUGUCAGGGGACAAAGGACGGGCUCAGCAUGGAAACCCAGAGACCAAGCGUGAUGGAGAUGUGAUUAAGGCAACACCCCCAGAACAGUCUAAUGCAAGUGGCAAACUCCGAAAGAAGAAAAAGAAGCAGAAAAAUAAGAAAAACUGUCCAGGAGGAUCUUCGGAAAAUGUGCUGGAAGAUAUCGAUCGCAUCUUAGAGAGGAUCGAGGACAACAGUGGAUUCAGCCGCCCUGGCCCGCCUCCUCUGAUUUCCAGGAAGCAUGUGCUGUACGUUGAGCACAGACACCUGAAUCCAGACACAGAACUGAAAAGGUAUUUUGGUGCUCGAGCUGUCUUGGGGGAACAAAGGCCACGGCAGAGACAGCGUGUGUACCCUAAGUGUACGUGGCUGACAACCCCGAAGAGCACCUGGCCUCGGUACAGCAAACCAGGUCUGUCGAUGCGGCUGCUGGAGUCGAAAAAAGGCCUUUCCUUCUUUGCAUUUGAGCACAGUGAGGAGUACCAACAGGCUCAGCAUAAGUUCCUGGUGGCUGUGGAGUCCAUGGAGCCAAACAACAUUGUGGUCCUGCUCCAGACAAGCCCCUAUCACGUAGACUCUCUCCUGCAGCUCAGUGAUGCCUGCCGCUUUCAGGAGGAUCAGGAGAUGGCCCGAGACCUCAUAGAGAGAGCGCUGUACAGCAUGGAGUGUGCGUUCCACCCGCUGUUCAGUCUCACCAGUGGGACUUGCCGGCUGGACUACCGCAGACCUGAGAACAGGAGCUUCUACCUGGCACUUUACAAGCAGAUGAACUUUCUGGAGAAACGAGGCUGCCCACGUACCGCCCUGGAGUACUGCAAGCUCAUUCUGAGCCUUGAGCCAGAUGAGGACCCUUUGUGCAUGCUGCUGCUUGUUGAUCACCUGGCCUUACGGGCCCGGAACUAUGAGUACUUGAUUCGCCUUUUCCAGGAGUGGGAGGCUCAUCGGAACCUGUCCCAGCUCCCAAAUUUUGCCUUCUCAGUUCCAUUGGCAUAUUUCCUGCUGAGUCAGCAAACAGACCUCCCUGAGCAUGAGCUCAGUUCUGCAAGGGAAAAGGCCUCCCAUUUGAUCCAGCAGGCGCUCACCAUGUUCCCUGGAGUUCUCAUGCCUCUGCUCGAGUAUUGCAGUGUGCGGCCUGACACCACAGUUGCAAACCACCGCUUCUUUGGACCAGAUGCUGAAAUAAGCCAGCCCCCUGCCCUGAGCCAGCUGGUGAGUCUGUACCUUGGGAGGUCACAUUUUCUCUGGAAAGAACCUGCCACCAUGAGCUGGCUGGAAGAAAAUGUCCGAGAGGUUUUGCAGGCAGUGGAUGCUGGGGACCCCACCGUGGAGGCCUGUGAGAACAGGCGGAAAGUGCUCUACCAGCGUGCACCCAGAAAUAUCCACCGCCAUGUGAUCCUCUCAGAGAUCAAGGAGGCUGUUGCAGCUCUGCCCCCGGAUGUGACCACGCAGUCUGUGAUGGGGUUUGACCCUCUGCCACCCCUGGACACCAUCUACUCCUACGUCAGACCAGAGAGGCUAAGUCCUGUCAGCCACGGAAACACAAUUGCCCUCUUCUUCCGGUCAUUAUUGCCAAAUUACACCACAGAGGGGGAGAGGCCAGAGGAAGGAGUGGCUGGGGGUCUGAACCGCAACCAAGGCUUGAACAGACUGAUGCUGGCCGUGCGGGACAUGAUGGCCAACUUCCACUUCAAUGACCUGGAGGCACCGCGAGAGGACAACCCUGAGGGAGAAGGGGAUUGGGACUGAGCCGUCUGCAGAUGCUGUUCCCAGCGCUGUGCAAUUAUGUUCCUGAUUUCUGUUGUGGUCAGAAUUAACCUGUUCCCUGAAGUAGAAAAGCUGAAUGUAUCAUCAGCCUGCAUCUUCAUUCCCCUAUAAAUGUAAAUGGGCCAUGUUCUGCUGUGGAUGAGCUCUCCUUCCAGUACCCUGGGGAUCCAGUCUCGGCAUUGUCUUUACAGCAAGCCCCGGGGGCAAUGUGGGACCCACACCCAGGAUUUGGGACCCCGGGUAAAGGGCACCACACGGUCUCCAUUGCAGGCUCCCUGCUGCACACCAAGGGCCUCCACCCACAUGCUACUCAUUCAUGUAGGGUCUCAGGCCUUGGGGGAACAGAGGCACCCACAUCAUAGCCAACCCUCAGUGCCAUGCUUCAGUUCUUCUGAGUAGCUUGGGGCUGAUGUGUUGGGGUCCCUCCGCUGGAUGCCACAAUACGUCCAGUCUGGAAAAAAGAAAAAAAAAAUGGUGGACUGAGCCAUCUGUUGAUACUGUGUCAGAAUCUGCAUUCCUGGGGAUGGCACCUGAACAUGCUAAGCACACACUGGACUACUGAGCUACUGAGCUACACUCCCAGCCCAAUAAUUCUAUUAGGAAACUUGAUAGGAGUGCACAGAGUUGAAGGGGAGACCAACAAGUUUUGGGAAGAAACUUGUUCUGGGCAGGUCAGGGAGUACAUGGCAGAGACCAGGAAAUGAGUGCUGGGAGUGUUGACCAAGAACCCCAGCCCAGGGGGAGGGCUCGCCAACUCACUGGGUCCUCACUUAUCUGGCCACACACAGGCCUCAGAUUAUCACUGUACCUGACCAUGGAAGGACAGAGGUUGCAGCCAGAAAAAGCUAGAGGCCUGUGACUCAGAAGCCCACCUGCUUCUGGAAGAUUCCUGGACAUCCCUCAGAACCCUGACCUUCCUCCCCCAGGAGGCUGCAGAUGAGACAGAAGGUCGAACCCAUAUCCUGGCUUACUGCCUGUGUCUGCAAGACCCUACUGCUGUUCAAGCUGUCCCCAUAGGUUGUCUGGUGACCUCAGUAAGACAGGCACCCCUCCAGAAGUUCCUGAUAGGGUGGUCCUGGUCCACUGUCUUAGAAGGCCCCACUGUUGUUUCAGCUGUCCCUGUGAGUUGUCUGGUGGCCCUGGUGGGACCCUUCCAGAAGUUUCCUUCAGGCCAGGGCCUAGUAGCUGAGCAGGAGCCCAAGGGACUGUGCUCUCAACAACACAGGACUGAUAAGCUGGGCUCUGGGCUGGCCAUGUGUGGGAGGGGCACAAGAAAUCAUGGCUGUGACUGAGGCCUGUGCCUUGUGCUCUCUGGUGAGAGCUAGAUGUUAAGAGGAAUUGCUACAUCCCCGUUCCUCUUUCUGGCUCAAAUCAGCCAGUAGAGGUGUUGAGGGUACGUACAAGCUGUGCUGCUUCACAAAUGGGUCAGCGGGAGACUGGGGAGGGCAGGCCUUUCUUAAGGAGGCAGUCACCACCCCUCUCCCCUUGCCAACAUAACUGGGUAUGGUGGGGGAUCUGCCCAGCUCCACGAAGUCGACACAAUUAGGAUGAGUCUAGCCUAAGCCUGUUUUAUGUACACAUCCCAACUUCCACAGCUGAGAAAAGCAAGGAGAGCCUAGCACUCAUCCAUUCAGGUAGAGAUGAGAGAUGUGAUACCUGGAGCUGUAGCAGCCAAUCCAGGAGUAGUGGUGCACCUGCACCUCUCUGGACCCUCAACCUCCAGAGAAGACUCCUGUGUGCUCAAGGGUAGGACUGCUGGCCAACUGCCCUUUACCAGCUCAGGGCAAACAUGAAGGAAAACACCUGUUUGCCAUAUCCCAAAUGGAAAGUUCAUAGGAGGCCAGUGGCUCUCAAACUAAGACAUGGUAACCACCCUUCUUGAGAGGCUGUGCUGGCCUCUGAGAAGAGCCAGAGGAGCAGUUUGACACUGCCUAAAGGCUUCAGCCUCCUAGGCCAGUCAGCGACUCCCUGUCCCUGCGGGGCCUGGCUCAGUGCAGGCAGCUCCUUGUUCUGUAGAGGCUCCCCAACUGGUCUGCACACAGAGCGUGUGCUGUGCAGCCCGCAAUGCGCCUGGCCUGCCACAGGAGGCAGGUACACAGCCAGGAAGCUCCUCUUGGCAGCUUGUGUGGGGUGCCACUGACCAAGGGAAGGGCAGUGUGCUCUUGGUGUUCCCCACCGAGUAUACCCCAGGGACACUAAGAGAUGAAAUUUGAAAUGCAGUUAGCCUCAAGCUAUCUGACUCCAUCCAAGGCUGGUGUUGCCUCCCCUUUCCCUACAACCACAAAGCUGACAGCUCAGCUUUACCCUUCUCACAGACCCCUGAACAAGUGUAGCCGAUGGAAUCCGAGGUGGGAAGUCCUGAGGCAAGGUCACCCCAUUCCCGAUCGCCAGGAGGAAGGAUGUGCCUUCUGCCAGAGGCCAGAUUCUCAAGCCCUUUGAAGUCAGGUUGGAAUGGGGUGAGUGCUUGCCUCUCAAAGGCUUCAUUAUGGUGCUGAAAUUACCAGCGCCCCUGGAGUGUGACAUCACAGGAAACUGGGGCUCACUUGUGCCUGAGAGAUGGACAGUGAUCUGCACCUGAUGGAUGUCUGGACACCACGUAGUUUUAGGGUCAGUGAUGCCAGCAGUCUCAUGCAGACUCUCAUGCAGAGAGUCAGUCUACUUCCGCCAGCUAUGCAUUGCUGCCUCAUCAGACCUGGGACCCU